UGACCUGUAACUGUCAAUAUUUCUUUUCAUCAGUAUUUUUUCUGUUUUUUUACCUAAAUUCGUAUUUAUUAUCUAUGGAUCAAAAUAAAAAUAACAAGAAUUAUCUGUUACUAUGAAUUGGUUGUUGACUAUGAAAAUCACAAAAUAUUUCCAAUGCUUACUAUAGAUUAUUGGGAUGACAAUUCUCCACUAUGUUGUUGUGAAUACUACGAUAAAAAACAACAAAGAAGUCAUAUUCUUGGAUGUUGUUGCUACUGCGAUGAAUUAGAUACCUUUACCGACAAUUUGCUAUGCUGUAAAGGCGUUUCAAUGAAUCAAACACAAUCCGUACUCUCCAGAGUACAAGAUCGGCUACGUAUACCAUGGAGUGGAGGUGCCAGACAAAUUUCAUUGGAUGCUGUAGCACCUAUAUUUUUGGUUCCCAUAUUAUUAUUAGUGGCUGCAUAUAACAUUUGGAUGUCUUUUGCCGUAAUAUUUUUCACAAUAAUAUUCUUAAUAAUCGCUUAUAAAAUUCAAGUACGAAACAGCUCGACAACGAAAUUUUUUGUUAUGUGGACUGUAACAUCAAUAGCGGUCAUAUGGUAUAUAUUUGAGUUUGAAGUUCAACCAUUUUUAGAAAUAACACUGGAAGAAAAUGUUGUAUUUAAUAUACUAUUCAAUGGAGCUAUUUUCUGUAUUUAUAAAGCCCGGAGUGCUGCGGCUAAAGUGCCAAAAGAUAAUUUAACAGCUGAGAGUCAUAAUGGAGAAGUAGAAAGUGAGAUGUUAAUUAACGUAGAAAAUGAUUCAAAUCGUGAUCUUGAAGAAUUUUGCCCGUUUUGCAAAUGUAAGAAAACUGAACGCACUGUACACUGUACCACUUGUCAGCAAUGUUAUGUAAAUCAAGAUUUUCAUAAUGUUUGGUUUGAUUGCUGUAUUAGUAAACAUAACCGGCGUUACUUUUUGCUGUUUUUAAUACUCGGAGUUUCAGCUUUACUUUAUGGAUCAAAUUUAACAUUGACUACCGUAUGUUACAGUUUUAGACUAUACAAAACCAUACUUUUACCAAGUGAUUGUGGUGAUGUUUACGAAGACCUGGAAUUGGCUGCCUGUUUUGUCUGCGGCUGUUACGCUUUAGGUGCAGCAUUAUUUUUACUUUGGUUUUUAAUUCAACAGUGCUGGUUUAUAUCAUUAGGAAUUACCGGCAGUGAAUGGAGACGAUUUUCAAAUCGAAAUCGUUAUGGUAUAUUUAUGGCGCAUCGUCCAUAUUCCAAAGGAUUUUUAAAAAAUUGGGUGGCAUUCAUCCUUAAUUAUUAAUUACUUAAAAUAGAAGAAUAUAUUUCAUUUUAUAGUAGAUAAAUGCGUAUUU